AUGGGAUUUGAUGAGAUGUUUAUCAAUUUGGUUUAUAGAUUGAUUUCUAAUAACUGGUACUCAGUGAUCAUUAAUGGUACUAGAUAUGGUUUCUUUAAAUCCUCUCGAGGUUUAAAACAAGGUGACCCCUUAUCCCCUGCUCUCUUUAUUAUUGCUGCUGAGACUCUCUCUAGAGCCUUGAACUAUCUUUUUCAUAAUGAUAGAUUUUCUGGUUUCUCAAUGCAUAAAAAGGGUCCUCAAAUUAAUCAUCUUAGUUAUGCAGAUGAUAUUGUUCUGUUUACUUCUGGUGAUAAAGUCUCUAUUAAGCUUAUGAUGAAACAGUUGUAUUUUUAUCAAAAGGCUUCCGGACAAGAGAUCAACACUGACAAAACUUUCUUUCUUACUCACAGUAAAACAGACAGGCUUUAUAACAGAAAGAUUAAAAGAUGGACUGGUUUUAAGCAAUCCACUUUCCCCUUUAUUUAUCUAGGCUGUCCCAUAUACUGUGGUAGAAAAAGAAUUUAUUAUUUCUCUAAUAUUUCCAAAAAGAUUCUCAAUAAGAUUGCAGGAUGGCAGGGCAUAUUUUUAUCACCGGGAGGUAAGGCUGUGGUCAUUAAACACAUUCUUCAAUCUCAGGCUCUUCAUGUUUUUGCUGCUCUUAUGCCUCCUGUUACUACUCUUUAUGAAAUCGAAAUGCAAUUUGCUAAUUUUUUUUGGGGACAAAAAAAUGGCAAAAAUAGUUAUCACUGGUCUUCAUGGGAAAACAUGAGCUUUCCUACUAAAGAGGGUGGAUUUGGCUUCCGAAGUCUGUUGGAUAUCUGUCAUACUUUUGCAGCUAAAAGAUGGUGGAGGUUGCGAACAGAACCUUCUUUGUGGGCACAGUUCUUAUUAGCCAAAUACUGUCAAAGAAGUAACCCCGUGUCCAAGGUCAUAGCUUCUAAAGAUUCUGCAGCUUGGAAAGAUCUACUACAUAUUAGGGACAAAAUGGACAUCAACAUUAAUUGGAAGAUCAAUUCUGGUAAUGUACUUUUCUGGUGGGAUAAUUGGACUCUGCAAGGGUCCCUUUAUCAGAUGAUUAACCCAAUCCUCAAACCUGGCAAUGUUAAACCUGAAUUCCUUAGAAACAAAAACAUAGCUGAUCCCAUUUAUAACUAUAUCUGGAUCAAGGAAAUUCCUUUCAAGAUUUCUUUCUUUAUGUGGAAGCUUCUCAUGAAUAAUCUUCCUCUUGAUGCGUCUCUGUCAAGAUUUAACAUUAACAAGGGUCUUAGUUGUUGUUGUUGCAGGGUAGCUUGUCUUGAAAUAGGAGAUCAUGUAUUUGCAGCUAGUGAAUUGGCCAAGCAAGCUUGGACCAUGAUCACCAGCCCUCUAGGACUGAAUAUUACAGGAAACACUGUUCAGAUCAAGGUGGCCUUCCGGAAAAAAUUCAAAUUUAUAGACUACACCUGGAAUUGGAGCAAAGUUUGUCUGAUGGCAGAAAAUUUCAAGGCAGUGAUCACAAGCAAAAUGAUCAAAUGGAUCAAACCAUUAGGCAACGCUUGGAAGCUCAACACGGAUGGAAGUUACAUGAAAAAUCAUAACAAAGCUGGAGCUGGGGGUAUUGUUAGAAAUGGAAUUGGAAAUAUGAUUAUGGCAUUUUCCUAUCCUACUCAAUUCUGCACUAACAACUAUAGUGAAGCAAAGGCUGCUUUAAUAGGCAUUUCUUGGUGUGUCAACCAUCAAUUUGAAGCCUUAGAAGUGGAACUAGACUCCAUGAUAGUGGUCCAAAUGAUCAAUGGCAUCAUCAGACCUCCUUGGAAGCUUCAGGGCAUAAUUGAAGAUAUACAGUCAAAAGCUCUACAGAGGAACAUCACCUUCAAGCACUGUUAUAGGGAAGCAAAUGAAGUUGCAGACUCUCUAGCCAAACACGCUGCCCAAAAUCAGGUUCCAAUAAUUUUUUUGCAAGAAUGUGACCUGCCAAAUGCUAUUAGAGGUCCCCUCAGGAUGAAUAAAUUAGAUUUCCCUUCUUUUAGGAGGAGAGUUAAGAAGAAUGCUACUUGGCAAUUUAAUCCUCCUUGA